AAGUCGGGUCGAACCGUAUCAAAAAUCAAAUCACCUGCCUUCAUCUUCGACUGAGCUCUCCAAGAAAAGCUUUCAAGAAACAUGGCGCCGCCCCCCGCCGCCGCCGCCCGCCGACGCGGAGCCGCCGCCCUCACCGCCCUCCUCGGGACGCUCGCCCUCGCGCUCCUCGGCCUCCCCGACGGCGCCGCCUGCGUCCCCGUCGAGGACCUCGACGCCGCGCUCGCCGCCCUCCGCGCCGGCGGCUACGGCCUCGCCGCCAACGCCGUCGCCGCCUCCGACCUCCGCCUCGACCUCCUCGCCGCCGCCUCCGCCACCCUCUUCGCCCCCGUCGACUCCGCCCUCUUCGCCCUCGGCAUGGCCCUCCCCGCCCCGGCCUACCUCUCCGCCCUCCGCUCCCACGCCGUCCCCCGCCGCCUCUCCGCCGCCGACCUCCGCCGCGUCCUCUCUUCCUCCUCCUCCGGCCCCGCCGUGGUCGUCCCCACCUUCCUCCCCUCGCGGUCCCUCCGCGUGACCGCGGGCCGACAUCCCGACGAGAUCGCCGUGGACGGCGUCGAGGUGGCGGCGCUCGGGGUUUUCUACGGCCGCGACGUGGCGGUGCACGGGCUCCGCGGCGCGCUGAGCUUACGAUCUCAGCCGACCGACGGCGGUGCUCUUCCUCCGGUGCUCCGCCGUCACUCCGGUUCGAUCUUUGUCCGGGUCCCCAAGGUUGCUCCGCCGUCCAGCCACGUGAAUGAUCAUUCAGGUCGGCGCUCUGCCAACCUCACUGAUUCGUCGCCUCCGGAACGGCAAGAGAGCUAUCCGCCGUCGCCGGAGAUUCGACCCUUGUCGGCCCCUUUGCCCGCCCCGGCGGAGAUUAGUUCUGUUGCUCGAGUGGGUGAGGACGGCGACAGCGACUGGAGAGGAAGAUAUGGGCUUCCAGCUGAUCCGGCACCGACCAUGAUGCCGCUGUUUGACGACGGCGUCGGCGAAGAAGAGGGUUCACUCGAGAUAUCCGAGCCUUUCGACGAUGAGGAAACCAUGCCCGCUGACGAAUUCUUCGACGACGAUGAUGAGUUUUGGGACGAAGAUCCCCUUCUGCCUUGAUGGCCCGCCGGGAAAUGGGGGAUGCAUCCCGCCGACGGCGACCGGUUACCUCUGGAUUUUGUCAAUUUUUUGGCCGAGUUUUUACGUAGGAUUGAUCUUUUCUUGUUCUCAUUUUUUUGGUCCCUUUUCACAAUUUCCCUUUCCUUUCCUGGGGACAGAGGACUGAUUGUGCAUAGAAAUUUCUGAUCACAGAAGAAUGUAAAUUUCAUUAGAAAGGUCGCGAUUCACAGC